UUCGUGCAUUCUUUGUCAAAUCGAAAUGUCAAAAAGAGUACAUUAGUAAAUAUUGAAGUGAUUGUAGGUUCUGUGAUUAUUCUAGAAUACUUCUUUGAAAAUAAAUAAGUGGAUAUUUCUUAUCAAUUCCUAAAAGACCAUUGAAUAAAGCACCAUGGCGCACUACAAGGGUGCAGCGUCUGAAGCUGGGAGAGCUAUGCAUUUAAUGAAGAAGAGGGAAAAAGCCCAACAAGAGAUAGAACUUCGAAAGAAGAAAAUUGAAGAGGAUCUGAAGAUUGAUAAUAUUGAAAAUAAAUUUGCAACACAUUAUGAUGCAGUGGAACAACAACUAAAAAGUUCUACAAUUGGAUUGGUAACACUUGAUGAAAUGAAAGCAAAACAGGAACAUAUUGUCCGUGAAAGAGAAAAGAAAUUGGCUCAAAAGAAAGCAGAAAAAGAGAAAGAAAGACAAAAAGAAAUAGAAGCUAAACAAGCUCAAAAAAAUAAGCAAAAGAGACAGAUACAAGCUCUAUCAUUUGAUCUCAAUGAAGAAGAAGACAAUGAUGAUGAUGAUAAUGAUGAAGAAGAAAAACUGGAUUUAAAUUGGAAAGAGAGGGAAGAAGUGCCUGUUAAAAAAAUAAGAAAAAACCCAGAUGUGGACACAUCAUUUUUACCAGACAGAGAGAGGGAAGAAGCUGAUCUGAAAUUGAGAGAGGAACUCAGAUUGGAAUGGGUCAUGACUCAAGCCAGUCUGAAAGAUGAGCCUAUUACAGUCACGUUUAGUUAUUGGGAUGGUUCCGGGCAUAGAAGAAAUGUUACUUUGAAAAAAGGAAAUUCAAUUUAUCAAUUCCUACAAAGAUGUUUAGACACCCUACGGCCAGAGUUCAGUGAACUAAAAACAGUAUCUGCAGAUCAGCUGAUGUAUGUAAAGGAGGAUUUAAUACUGCCACACCACUAUACUUUUUAUGAUUUUAUUGUCACAAAGGCUAGAGGUAAGAGUGGGCCUUUAUUCCAGUUUGAUGCUUCUGAUGAUAUCCGAUUGUUAAAUGAUGCUACUCAAGAGAAACAAGACUCACACGCAGGGAAAGUCUUAUUAAGAUCCUGGUAUGAAAGAAACAAACAUAUAUUUCCUGCAUCCAGAUGGGAGCCUUAUGACCCUACAAAAACCUAUUCCAAAUACACAAUCAAAGGAAAAUAAUAUUACUCUUACUGUAUCAAUGAUUACUUUUAUAAAGCAAUCUUGUAUUAUUUGUACAUUGUAGUAUUACACCUAAAUUAUUUAAUUAAGGAAAUAAAAAUAUGUUGCCAAAAAGCUGUUUUAA